AUGGACUUUGUCUCAAUGAUAACACCAGCGAGUGCGAACACGUCAGUGUCAAAUACACAAUUCGCAAAGGGCUGGGUCAACCAGCCAAACGGUCGUGGAACUUGGGAUAUAAUACAAACAUGUAUUGUCACGCUGAUCCUCUGCAGCUGGUCAUCGCUCGUUUUGAACAUAUGUUCAAGAAAAGGUCGUGUGUCGUUUUUGAAGAAUAAACUGCGCUGGAUGCUCUUUACCCUCUUUUGGCCAGAGAUCACAUUGGGAGUCGCAUAUGAGCAAUGGGAGUCCGCUUCCCAAUGCGUGGAGGAUUUUUCGAAAAAGAACAAACAAGGCUAUGAAAAAUGGACCAUGCGGCAUGCUUUCUUUGCAGACAUGGGCGGCUUCCUGCUUAAGGCUCCAGACUUUCCUGCUUUUCCAGUGGACGGCCAACAGCUCCUAUAUCUUGUUGAGAACGAUUAUAUACCAUACCCGAAUGUGGACAGUGGGACCAUCUGGGACAAAAACAAGGCCGACGGAUUCGCACGGGCAAUCACACUGAUACAAAUCACCUGGUUCAGCAUCCAGUGCAUCGGGCGCGGCGUACAACACUUGACGUUGUCGACAUUAGAGCUUCUGACGAUUAAUAUGAUCUUCUGCACGGUAUUUACUUUCCAUUUCUGGAACCACAAACCCUUGGACGUACAGACCCCUAUCAUCUUGCGAACCGACACCACCAUUGCCGAGAUCCUUGUCAAAGCUGGAGAUCGAGCCCGCGAGCCAUACAAACUGACGCCCCUGGAUUUCAUCACCGCUCAGCCAACUGCUGCAAAUUUCGUCGCUGCUUGGUGGUGGGGCCUGGGUCUUUGCUUUGACGGCAUCCUUUUCCAGAUCAACGAAAAACAUCGCCCUGUUUCAACGUUUUCCAACUCGAAAGCAAUACCGCCCCGGGGCUAUUCCUUCUGGUCCUGCUUCUUCAGGAUUCUCAUUUCGGCAGGAUACUUCGCUCUUCAUUUCGCGGGGUGGAACUUCAUCUUUCCUACGACAAUCGAGCGGAAGCUCUGGCGCGCUGCGAUGAUCUAUUUCAUGAGUCUCUAUUUUACUUACCUGGUUGUAUUUGCCGUGGUAACUCUCCUAAGCGGGUGGAUUGCACGGAAAUACUUUCACAAGGAGGCAAGCACCUUUAUUGAAGUUGCAUCAAUGUUCCCAAGGUGGUUUCAGCUUGGUGCUCUAAUACCCAUCUACGGGUCAUAUGGUAUUGUGCGAAUUUAUAUAGUCUUUGAAGGCUUUUUCAGCCUGCGGAUGUUGCCUAUCGAUGCCUACGAUAGUGUCAACUGGUCUAAUUUUAUUGUCCAUUUUUAG